UUGGCUAUCUGAAGUUAGCCCCCUCAGCCAUUAGAUCCACUUACUUCUCAUAUUUCUGUUUACAAGUUUUGUCAAGGUAUCAAGAUGUUGCAAAGGGUUUGGAUAUGUAAUUCUCAUUAUUUCCAGUCAUGUAGUUAAUCACUGGAAAGGCCUGAAGGGAGGAUACAGGUUAUUUGAUCCCAUGGCCUGGUUACAGAAGAUUUUUUUUUCUUUUACCCUGCUGCUUCUACAUUUAGGGUUUGAUUCUGUGCCAUAAAUGUCAACUCUGAGAUUUCUUUGAUUCAUCACACAUUUUCUAUCUCUUAAAUGUCGCUGAUUUAAACAAUGGACUAAUGCCAUUUUAUUACUCCUCACUAGUUGUCAAGAAGAAGCAAAAUUAUACUAGUGUGCAUGAAGCAGUGAAAGCUGGGGAUGUAGAACAGCUUGCACUGAUGAUAAAGAGUGGAGCCAGUAUUAAUGAGGUGGAUGUAGCUCACAAAUUCACACCCUUGCAGUGUGCUGCGCACUCAGGAAGUCUGGAGUGCCUUCAGUGGCUGCUGUGGCACGGAGCUGACACCACCCGUGUGACUGGGAGAGGCUGGACAGCGGCUCACCUCGCCGCCAUCCGAGGGCAGGAUGCCUGCACGCAGGCCUUGCUGGUGAGCGGAGCGGACGCGGGCGCUCGGGACGGGCGCGGGUGCACGGCCGCGCACCUGGCUGCGGCCCACGGGCGCUCCUACACCCUGCACAGGCUGCUGCGCGCUGGCGCGGAUGUCAAUGUUUCAGAUGGGAAUGACUGGAAACCUGUUCAUUACGCUGCUUUUCACGGUCGCUUGGGGUGUUUGCAGCUUCUUGUUCGAUGGGGAGCAUCUGUAGAUGAUGUGGAUAACAAUGGAAACCUUCCAGCACAUCUGGCAGCAGUGGAAGGACACUUGCAUUGCUUUAAGUUCUUGGUUGGGAAAAUGGCCAGUGUUGCACACACUCUGAAAGCCAGGAAUGACCAUGGAGAGACUCCGAGGGACUUGGCUGAACGGUUCUAUAAAGAUAAUAUUCUGCAAUAUAUCGAUGGUGUGGAAAAAGAGGAGGAACAUCCAGAGACACAGGAAGUUUUAGCUUUCCCAGCUCAUGAUGCUGCUUUCAAAGGGGACUUGUUAGUGGUUAGAAGACUAGUGAGAAGUGGAGUAAUCAAUAUUAAUGAGCGGGACGAUAAGGGAUCCACUCUCCUGCACAAAGCUGCUGAACAGGGGCACAUCCAUUGCUUACAGUGGUUGGUUGAAAUGGGAGCUGACUGUGACAUUACAAAUGAUGCUGGAGAGACUCCAAAGGAUGUAGCCAAGAGAUUUAGCCAUCUGGCAGCUGUGGAACUUUUGACACCAAGAACUGGAAACAAUAACUCUAGCGAUGAAGAACUAGAUGCAAACAACAUCAAAUUUUUUGAAACACAUGGUGUGGAAGGGAGUACAGAUAGCAAAGAAGAUUUAACCCUGGAUAAGGCAGAGAAAAGGAAUGCACGCAUAAGGGCCUAUCACAAGAUUAAAGAGCUUCAGCGACUUCUAGAAAUUGCCUACAGCAACUACAGACAGCUGGGAGGAGUAACUGAAGAGGAGAGAAAGAUGAAAAAAGAAGAAAGGAAAGCUGAGAAGGCUGUGAGGGAGCUGGAGGCCCAGCUGGAAUAUGAGCGAGUCAGGCGGGAGAAGCUGGAGAGCCGGCUGGAUGAUUGCCGUGCUGAGAUACGCCAGCUCCGAGAGGGCCGGGGGCACGCCCGCACCGCCUCUGCUGCCUCCGCGGAAGCUGAGACAAUGGCCAAAUCCUGCAAUGACAAAAGGAAAAUAACGAAGCAGCCAGCCUGCAGCCCAGGAGGAGUGAGACUACGCUGAGGAAUGAACCUCAAAGGAGGGGCAGCAAAAUGUGGAGAGGAAAAUGAGCUGCAAGCAGAUGGAAGAAUGUAACAACUCUAGAGCAGAACCUCCCAGACAAUUCCAGAAGCCCGUGGCUGGUCUCAGAUGCCGUACCCUGCACAGCAGCACAGCCGCAGUGCUGAGAGGGGAGGCCCAAUGCAGCAGCCUGAGGAGCCCCGUUUUCAGGGACACAUCCCAGCAGCUGUGCUGGAAACCUCAGAGCACCACAGGCUACUGGGGCUUUUACUGCUGUCACCCUGCUACUGGAAACUGCACUACAGGAGAGCUGGCUGCACCAGGGCUCACGUUCGACAUCUCAGGUUUCCCAUGGAAUCAAAAUGACAAUGGAUUUGAUAAUGAGCUGUCAAACAUGGCAGUACUCCUGAAGCCUGAGGAGUUGUCCUUUGAAUUUGUUAUGGUGCUGUUUCAAUUAGUGUUAGAAUAAAGCUAAUUACAGUUUCCUUUGAACUUAUUCUCACUUGCAAAUAUAAUGCAUUACUCUCUUUUUAUCCAGCUCCUAGACAACAAAAGCCUCACUGGUUAUGUAUAUAUUGAGAACAACUAUCUCAAACCAGACUGAAAUUUGUUCUGCUUGGCAGGGGAAAGUACAAGUGCUGCCACACCGAAAUUGUGUGUGGAGACUCAAUGGGAGGCAGAACUGGUCACGCUCUGACCAGUCCUGAAAGUAAGCAAACUUUGAGGCUAAUGUAAAUGACCUCAGCAUUGACCUCUGUAAAUGACCUCAGCAAAACCUCUGUAGCAACUCCAUCGCAUCAAUGGCUGCUGCAGCAAGCAGAGGUACUGUCAAACUGGAUAAGGUAUUUAGGGUUUUAAUUUUUUUUAAACCAUAUCCCAGUUCUGGGCACAAUCCUAGUCCUACUGUGGCAUGCUCCCAACUCUUCUGUGUUCUCUAUCACAUUUCUUCCAGCUGGAAGGGGGAGGGAGAUCUGUCUGCUGCUACAGACAUGCUGUGUCUCUUCUAGCAUAUAGUCCCGAGAAGAAUUUUAUACAUCCACAAUCCAGUACAGGUACUCACCUCCUUGCCUAUC